CGCCCCCUGCCAGAGUGCCGUAUUGUUGUUCCUCUGACAAUAAAGAUGGCUACUGGACCCGCGUAAAAUUGGAGCUCGCACAGCCAGAUUUGUGUAUGGAGGGAGACAGGGGUCUUGUAGCGGGUCGUAGUCAGAGAGAGAAAAGGAGAUCUUACAAGGAUCUUCUAAGGCAGGAGGAGGAGAUUGCUGCUCAGGUCCGUAAUUCUUCUAAGAAACGUCCCAAGGACGCAGAAUUGUUCAUGCUGGCAGGGGAUCUGCACAAAAAGAAGAAAAGACAUAGUGAUGACUAUUACUAUGGAGAUCACGAGGAUUCUGGUCCACCUCCCCACAAGAAAAAGCACAAGUCUAUAGAUCGCUCCCCGCCUCUUUCUUCCCCCUCAUCCUCCCACUCAACAGAUACAGCUAUGGGACUCUUGCAGGCCAUAACCUCCCCUUUAGCUACAGGUUCAGAUCCCAGCCCCCACUUGCACAAAAAACCCUCCUACCCUUCGUUCUCUUCGCAUUCAUCCAAGGACCGUAAACGUGAGAGCAGCAGCAGUGGAAGCAAAGGAAGCCACUCUUUCUCUCAUUCCCGCCCUGUUUGUUUAUCAUCCUCUUCCUCCAAGAAGCACUUCUCGUCUUCCUCAAAGUCAUCUCUGUUCCAUGGUGGAGCUCCCAAAGAAGAGCCCUUAACAUUACGUGAGGCAGAUGGGCUAAAGAUGAAGCUCAUCAUGUCGUCAGAGAAAGAGGAGGGAGAGAACAUUCCAAUUACACCGCACUUAUCCAAAAUAGGUGUAAAGAAAGAGAAGGACAAAGACCGGCUGCAGCUUUCAAAAUCACCUAAGAAGAAAAUACAGCAGAGUCGAGAUCCACUGCCAGUUGUGGGGAAAGAGGUGGAGGUGGAAGGCCAUUAUGGAGGUGGGAUGGGUGAUGAUAGCUCCUCAUCUGGGGGAGAACUGGAAGCAGGUGAACUGGUUAUAGAUGAUUCAUACACACACCUGUCAAAGAAGAAGAAGAAGAGCAAGAAACAAAAGAAGAAGGACAAAGAAAAAGACAGGGACAAAGAUAAAAGCGGAAGGGACAAGAAACACAGUAAAGGAUCUGCUGAUGCAUCCAGGGGUCACAGUCACUCUCAUCCCACCAUUGCUCACAGCACUGUUGGUCCGAUGUAUGCCAUGGGAACCCCAAUUCCAUCCCACCACCACCAAAACAAUGAAGGAAUGAUGGAGAAGAAGAAAAAGAAGGAGGAAAAAGAUCGUGAAAGACAUGAGAAGGAUAAAGAUAAGCCCAAGAAGAAGGCCAUCACCACAGCAUAUCAGGUAUUUUGUAAGGAAUACAGAGUCAACAUAAAUGCAGAGCAGCCAGGACUAGAUUUUGGUGAGCUCAGCAGAAAAUUAGCAGAAGUAUGGAAGGCAAUGCCUGAGAAAGACAAAUUAGUCUGGAGGCAGAAAGCCCAAUAUCUUCAGCACAAGCAGAACAAAGCUGAGGCCACCACACUCAAACAAAAGAGCUCUAGUGAUGUUAAAAUCAAAGCUGUGGCAGGAGGAACAACAGUUGUGUCACCAAGCAGAGCACCUGGCACGAUAUCCCUGUCACCAGCUCGGGUCCCAGAUGUUGAUCCAAUUGAUGCAGCAGCUCAUCUUCAGCUACUAGGAGAAUCUCUGUCCCUGAUUGGUCACCGUCUACAGGAAACCGAGGGAAUGGUGGCUGUGUCGGGCAGUCUUUCUGUACUUCUGGACUCUAUCUUGUGCGCCCUUGGACCACUGACCUGCCUCACAGCACAGAUACCACAGUUAAACGGAUGUCCUCGAAAUGUUCUGUCAAAUACAUUGGACAACAUCGCUUACAUCAUGCCGGGACUGUGACUGAAGGACAGUGAUCAUUCCGGUCAUCAGAUCUGGCUGGAGAUGUUCUUUAUAGGACCAUCAUUAAACUUUUAAGUUAUUGCCUAGCAAUUGCAACCGUAGAUAAGUUAAAUUUUUACAUAUUUCUGGUGUCAGCGUAUUUAAAGUGUAUUUUUAAAUGUCUCAGUCUUAAUAAUGGUGAUAUUUUUAAAUGAAAAUUUUUACGGAACACCUUAAUAUUUCUUGGCAUGUCAGAUUCUGUUUAAUAUUAACGUAAAGGAAUGAAUGGGAGUCUAAUGGGUUUGAAUGUUAAUGUAUGACUUUUGCAGUGUGUUAUGUGCAUCUGCACAACCAGUGGUUUGUGCAACAUUAUAUUUUUUUACUGAAAUGUACAGAAACAGUUUUCUUUUUUGACAUCUGCUUUUAUUUGCUCUUUUACCAUUAUAAAAAGCACCAUCAUUCCUUGCAGUUUUAUAUGUUUGAUAUAUGACAUUUAAGUUUCUUACUGUACUGUAGAAUUUCACAAGGAAGAGGAAAAACUCAGUGCAGCAUAGCAAUCAAGAGUUAUUUAAGAAGUUACAGUCAGUUUCACUUGAAGUGGCAAAAAUAAAAUUAUAAAUUUACAUGUUC